UUCAGUCCAUUCUUCCUCUUAUAAGUUCCCCAUUUCACUCGAUUUCUUCUCAACCAAAUUCCAGGAAAAUCAGAAGUUUCCCCAUUGGCCUCACUUUCUUGUGCAUUUGAAAAUUCGGUCAGUGCAAUGACGAGAUGUUUGUGUUGUUGGAUUGAAGUUGCGCCUGCCCUUGUCAUUUCCCCGGUGAGAAUUUGCGCUUCUCCCAGUCUGGAAACGAUUAAAGAAGAUGAAGCUGAGGAAUAUGAUGAUUAAUGAAAGCAGAACUUUGUUUAGAUUGUUUUCUGUCAUUUCUUCUUUCAUGAAAUUCUGUGAUAGCUAGACCUUGAUCUUUGAUUUUUUUUUUUUUUAAUAGUUGAAUCUAACUGUUUGAUAAAGUGCCCCUUUCAUUUUAUUUCAAUGUAGCUCAAGUUGUGUUUGUUGUAAUAGUAUUUGAAGUGGAAGGUGAAAUUAUAGAUGUGGGUUAUAAGAAAAA